AUGUCUCGCGGUGGACGCGGCGGAGGCCCCGCCGGGGUCGGCCGCAUGAACGGACAAGCUCUUCCAUUCGAUGUCGACACGGCUCUCGAGGACCAAGUCGCGCUCAACUCCUACCAGACCGAUGACUGGGCCAAUUCAAUGUUCCCGCCUAUGAACGUGCACAUGGCACCAUCCGCCACCACUUUCGAGAAGAAACUCGUUCAAAUCAUGCGUGAAACGAACGAGGACCGACGCAACAGUCCCUUUUAUCUUGGGGACGCCACCGGAAAGCGUGAUGCCUCGACAUUCAACGCAUUCGAAGAUGUCAAUACCUUUUCUUACAAAAAAGCCAAGCGUCUUCACAGCGAAAAGCCGGAUCUCGACAACGUGCCACUCAUCCGGGAGAUCCUUCCGCCAGAACUCGCUCAUUUUGCCACUGACGGUGAUGAUCCAACGGUGGUUAGCGAGGCACGUGCCAAGAAUCUCGCGUUCCUCAAGAAGAAGCGCAUCGACAAACUCGCGCGAUUUGAUGAGGGUGCUGACGCUGACGCUCCCGCUGACGACGACGACGAUGAUGACGACAAGGAUGGAGAUGGCGAUGAAGACGGUGUUGAGGCACCGUCUGACAACGAUUUCUCUGAAGAUGACAGCGAUAUGGGUGACGAUUACAAUGCCGAAAAGUACUUCGAUGAUGGGGAAGGAGACGACGAUGGAGGUGGUGAAGAAGGCGGCGGUGGCGAUGACUGGUCAUAA